UGGAACCUUCGUUGGGUCUCGCCAGCAGCCACCGCACACACGUCAGCAGCGGCAAACGGCGCCUCCAACGGACAACGGAUCGUUCGUGAUCACCGUCGAUCAUCCUGCUACGAUUUAACGUACCCUGCCACGAAAUCGUCACGAUUUCAUGGAGGACCACCUCCCGGUGAUCGUGUGUUAGAAUUCGCAAGAUAAAUAAAGUUAGAACGACAUCCUACUAUAAAAUACGUGAACAUUUCAUCUGUGCGUUCGACUGACAGUGUUGUUUAAUAAAGAUCAAGCAUCGUAGAAGAAAGUGAUGAAUUUUCUGAAUAAUCAUUGAUAGAUCUUAGAUCUAACGGUGCGAACAUAAUGGCUGACUAUUGGUGGACCAAGAUACUCUAAGACCUCUCUAACGCGUUGACGAAUCUUGAUUAGAAUGAAGAAUAAGACUUACAGUUUUAAAUGAGAAAUUUUCGAUAUCCUGAAGGAUUCAGUUUGACGUGAUGAGGGUGAAGCUGGCAGAGGAGGAGGAAGUAUCAAUUCGUUAAAACGUUCAGUGUGUCAAGCAUCAAUGGCGAAUCGCGGAGGAUCGAAGCGACAGGACUGAUAUGCUGUUUUCGAUAAUGUCGACGGCCGAUCCGAGAGACUUUCUGGAAGUGGUUGCCGACCUGUCGAUGGCCGUCGCGUAUCGUUAUGAAGAUCGAAGAAGCCUCCUCGAACCAGUGAAGACGAUACUGCUCCUGAUGCUGCUAGGUCGCGUUAGUCGAACAAACUGCAGGAUCAAGUAGAGUCCUCGCGAGACUUGAACUCUGUCGUUAACUGGGCUUGGUGAAAGUGUUUAGGAUUUAAUUGGAAGGCCGAGAUCAGAUCAGGGGGUUGAUCGUUCGAACGAGCUGCUGCAACAUUCUCACGAGCUUCGCCUCUACCAUGCAACCGUUCUCGACCGGCAGCACAAUGGCGAGCGAAACACCGACCAGCCUCCCGCCAGAGAGGGUUACCUCGCCGGCACCCUGCAAAAACCUGACCUUCUCCAUCGCGAAGAUCAUGGAACCCGACAAACGUCUGACCGAGCAAAGCAAUCAACAGACGACACCUCAACCACCGCCACCAUCGACGACGACACCGACCAUGUCAAGUAUCCUCCAACAACCCCCGAAUCUACCCUCGAUGACGUAUUCCGUUCACCUGGGCUUCAGUUCGGCCUUCAAGAAGUACGUUCCAACGUUGAGGCAUCAGAAUCUUCUGGAGCCCUACUCGCUCCUCUAUUACCCGAACUCGUUGCUCAGAGCGUUUCCAGCACCACCACCCGCGGCGCCUACGGUGCCUCAAAAUUCACCGUUGUGCACCGCCAUUCAGGAAGCCUUCUCGAAGGUGAGCCUGACGGAGACCUCGGCCGAGAGUCAACGGGGUAAGAAGAGUCCCGCGCCUCGGAGCAGCGAGCUCAGCAGCAGCAAUAAACAAAAGACCUUCACCUGUCCUGAGUGCGGCAAGGUGUUCAACGCCCAUUACAAUCUAACCAGACACAUGCCGGUGCACACUGGGGCGCGUCCGUUCGUCUGCAAGAUCUGCGGCAAGGGUUUCCGUCAGGCGAGCACCCUCUGCAGGCACAAGAUCAUCCACACGGCGGAGAAACCGCACAAAUGUCCGACCUGCAACAAAGCUUUCAAUCGUAGCUCGACCCUGAACACCCACAGGCGUAUACACGCGAAUUACAAGCCGUUCGUCUGCGAAUACUGCAACAAGGGCUUCCAUCAGAAGGGCAACUACAAGAAUCACAAGCUCACCCACAGCGGCGAAAAGGCGUACAAGUGCACCAUCUGCAACAAAGCGUUCCAUCAGAUCUACAAUCUGACCUUCCACAUGCACACGCACAACGAUAAGAAACCAUUCUCCUGCAAGAUCUGUGGGAAAGGAUUUUGCAGGAACUUCGAUCUGAAGAAACACAUGAGGAAGCUUCACGAUACGGGACCACCGGUGCUGAACGGUCUGGGUACGUCCGCCCAGAGCCACAACCAACAGUCUGGUUACGCGUCCGUUCAUCACGGACCAGCCUCGUUCGUUAGCCCGUUUCUGCUACCACCGCCAGGAUCUACUAGUUAUCUCAGCAAAAUGUUGUGACAGGGUGAGAACAUUCAUUACCAGAGGAAGAGCCAGUGUCCUAUGAUCCUUGGUCCACCCUGCUACACAGGAGACAUCGGCCAGUUGGCGCAGCCGUCGAAGUGAAGAGGAUCUCGAUGAUAUUCUUAACGAUGCUCGUGGUUAAUGAGAAUUUCAGAAUUUUUGAAACGAGUUUUCAUUGGAACACCAUGAAUUAGAUACCAAAGAGACUAUGGGGAAUAUGCGGCGUGUACGUGUUACUGCACGGUUUUCGAGACAAUCAACUACCUCAUCUACAGCAAACGAAUCGUAGGGACGAAGAUUAUUCCUGUUUUUAUCGUAAGACUAGUCUCUGUUUUCUCAGUGACGCGUACAGAGGGUCCUCGAAAUGAUUUCCGAUCGAGACACGACGGAGGAAAUAUUUAGAGAGAAUAUUUCCUGGUGGAGAGCGGAUGGAUACGUUGUAUUCCGAGCUCACCAAUUCACUGGGAAUCGUUGCACCUGUAUCGGAUCAAUCCCUGUCCAUCGUUCUUUCAUCGCGUACUUGGAAGUUUCGUGGUUUAAUCUGUAGCUACGAAAAACCGAUGACAUCGAGCAAAAACGUUCGAUAAAUCACACUGUUCACGCUUUGAUUAACACGUUCUGAAAUUGCGGAAAAUCUUUCCACUUGGUAAUUCUAUCUCCGAUAAACCUGCUGCAUUAUAUUUCACGAUAUUCGAUUAUUUUUGUUGGAACAAUUUUUAAGUUUCAGUAGAAAUAUUCAAAGUUUAUCUCUCUUUCGAUACAGGUGUGUUCUUUCAGAAAAUAUGGUGUGUCUAAAAAGUAACAGGACUGAAAUUAUUGUUGAUUUAAAGCUUGCUUGUUGAUUCAAAAUUUCACAACUUUCUAGACACACCAGAUAGAUUCUUAACUUGGAAAAUCAAGCAAACGUGACAAUGGCGAAACCGUUUGGCAAACAGUACGAAUAAUCGAAUUAGACGACUCCGUCGCGUACAAUCACGACGGGACUAUGAUAUUUUAACCGAACGAGCAGUUGCGAGAUUGCUGCAAAACAUCGAGCAAACAUAUAACCCCAGAAAGCAAAUAAUCCGGCAGCAUCGAACGAAAUAAACCAUGUUUGGGAGGUAAAUCAACAGAGGAGAGAGUCCAGACACCGUGGUGGCUAUUGGUUAUUGGAAACCGGUCCCCCAUGAUAUCGGGAUUAAUCGUCGCAUGGAAGCUUAAUCGAUGGUAUUCCGCGAGACACGAUUACUUAUUUAUGUAAAUAAUUGUAAAUAUUUGUACCUGCGACAGAGGGACGAUUAAAUGGAAAUUGUACGAGCUUGUUUCACGAGCGUGCCGUUGAAACGAGAAGUAACACAUAGAUUUGCAACGAUCAAUUUCUUUGUUCUCGUUAGACGAGUGCUUUAAUCUUCGUUCACUCGUGAUGAAAAAAAAAAAAAGAAAAA